CGUCAGCAGUGCCACGUCAGACACAGUGCCAUGUCAGACAAAGUGCCACGUCAGCAGUGCCACGUCAGCAACAUGACGGGCCUGACUGGCCAUCUCCCCAACGAGUCCCUUGCAGCCUACAAGCAGUGGUUCCAGGCUCAGAUCGAGGCUGAGGAACAACGCCAGCUGGCAGCGGAGGCUGCCCGCGUACAGGCUGAAGAGGCAGCAGCAGCAGAGCAACUGCAGCUACAGGCCGAUGCAGACGCAGAUGCCCAGGCUCGUCGCAAGGAAGCCCAGGAUCUGCUGCAGCGGCAUGAAGCCAACAGUAUCGACAGACUCAAGUUCUGGCAUUUUGAACCGAACGGCGACGAGGCAACACCGGAAGAGAAGCACAAGGAGUUCCUCUCCAAACUCGUGACACGGUUGAUGUAUGCUUGCAACUACCAACGGUCCGAGUUGGAGAGACAGUACCGGGACCUGAUGCAACAGCAUGAGGAGUUGGCAACGCUCCGCCGCACAGUGCAGGGCCACGAGGAUGCAACUCGGGCACUCAAUGCCCGAUUGUUGGACCAAGAACAGGCUGUACCAGGACCAGCUGCUGGAGCUUCCAGCAGUGCACCCUCUAGCCGCCAACUGGAGGACCGCGUUGACCACGUAGUGGCAACGCUCGGCGACAUCAGCACCUUCGUUGCGCCAACCACCACCAUCAGCAGUCAGCUGCAUACAUUGAAGACCGAGGUCCAGCAGCUGCAGACGACGAACGCAGAUGGCAACCCGAAGUUGUACGAGAUGCCAACUUUCCAACGGGAGAAGUUCGACAACUACACGCAGCAGGAUCCGGUCCUCUGGUGGGAAGCAUUCACAACGCAACUCAGGAUUCUGCCCGUAGCCAAGCAUGUGUACAUCGGCGCCCUAUUCCUGAACUCAAAGGGCGGAUGCCAGACCUGGUUGAGCCACCUGGCAACCUCCCACGGCGUCGACGUACCAAACUUGAAGGACAAGGUCACAUGGGAGGAACUGAAACGGCUGUGGAAGAAGCGGUUCAUCGUCAACGACGCGCCAGCACUCGCGAUCAACCGACUGUUCACCAUGUCACAGGGCAACACAGCAACACGAGACUGGCUCACGGAGUGGCAGAAGAUUGCGGCUGUGCCCAAUCUGAACUUACCAUUCGAGCAUCUACGCCGUGAGUUCUACAACAGAUCAUGUGCUGCAUUGAGCCAGGCUCUUGGUGAUCGUGAGCAGUACUCAACCUUCGCGGAGAUCAUUGACAAAGCGAGGGAGAUCAUCAAGACCAACAGGUACGAACUGGUCCGCGACAGCAGCACUUCGCUGCAGUCUAGCAGGACAGUGGAGAUAACCCAGCAGCCACUCCAGCAUCAAGUGACGGAGAUCAGGUGGCUGCUGUCCAGCCGCGAAGCACCAAGCGAAAUCCGCAUCGCAGGCCGGGAAUGGACAGCCAGUACAAGUUCCAUGGGUCAAGUUUGGCUUGACCGAGGCAGAGUACAAGGUCUGCGGCCGCUACGGCAGCUGCUACUGGUGCAACAACACCAAGCACAAGACCUCCCUGUGCCAAGAUCAGGGCAAGGAGGAUGUGCGACCCCGCCUCAGCUCGGGAAACUGAGCUCCGCGGAAGAUGAGGCGACUCCACCUUCUGCUCCGCCAGAUUCGGCCGCCUUGCUAGCAGCCUCCUACACAUCUGGCGGGAACGCGAAUGUCGCAAGUCCUCGGUACACUUACGAGGACUAUGCUGUCCACUUGGUUCCACCGCUGGACCAACCGCUCCACGUGCAACARUCCAYCGCAUGCAYGGUUUCAUCACCAUCGGCAACCGAUUCGGCACCUUCGCCGCAAUCUAUCGCCGGGGAUUCGACGUCAUGGUCAAGACUUGAUGAGCUCGACCCGUUGACGUUCACGGACUUCCAGUGGAUGCCCGUUCCCUCGACCGGACGAUUGCCGAAACCGCAUUGCAACGUGCUCAUGACACAAUUGCGGGAUUACUUGCACACUGCAGUACCAACUCCAUUGAUGGCCGCCGGAGCAGAGGUUGUUGACCUUCACGCUUACAUCGCAAAGAUCGACCGCGAGUUCAAGACGCAACGGUACGACGACAUCGAUGCACCAUUGCUAUACGUACGCAUUCAGAUCGGAGAGGCGACCUGCAGUGCCUUGAUCGAUUGCGGAGCAUCUUGCAACUACAUCAGCCAGGACUUCAUGGUACGCGCCGGCCUUGGCCCACGUGUCCGGAGGAAGUCCCAGCCUCCGCAAGCCACGUUGGCAGACAAUCAUACGCACAAGUCAAUCGACCGGUGCAUUGACGUCGUCCCCGUGUACUUUGCCCCUCAUGCAAGUGAGGCGGUGUCCUUUGAUAUUCUGGACACCACAUUUGACAUGAUCUUGGGCAUGUCAUGGCUGCGAAGCGAGGAUCACCCGGUGAACUUCUUCAAACGCAUCGUUCACAUUCGUGAUCAGAACGGAGUAUUAGUUCCAUGCAUGGUGCCCCUUCCUCAUCCUUCGAUCAGCUGCCAUGUGGUAUCCGCCGCAAGCAUGAGAGCUUCCAUCAUCAGAGACGACAUCGAGGAGAUGGGGGUGUGUUUUCUCCACGCCCUCCCGCCCCAUGACGCUUCAUCGACGGACUCACCUUCGGAUCCACGCAUCACCGAGGUUCUCGACGCUUACAUCGACGUGUUCAAAGGCCCGCACGGAGUAGUACCGGAUCGACCCAUCCGCCACGAGAUCAUCCUUGAGGAUGGGGUCGUACCUCCGCGCGGUUGCAUCUACCGAAUGAGCGAGGAAGAGUUAAGUGUGCUUCGGGCACAACUCGACGACCUUCUAGAGAAAGGCUGGAUUCGGCCUAGCUCAUCGCCAUACGGUGCUCCUGUUCUCUUCGUUCGGAAGAAGAACAAGGACCUGCGGUUGUGCAUCGAUUAUCGUAAGCUCAAUGCGCAGACGAUCAGGAACGCCGACCCUCUCCCACGCAUCGACGACCUUCUCGAGCGACUGGGCGGCGCCAAGUUUUUCUCCAAGCUCGAUCUCAAGUCAGGAUAUCACCAACUCGAGAUUCGCAAGGAGGACCAUUACAAGACCGCGUUCAAGACGCGAUAUGGACAUUUCGAAUGGCUGGUCAUGCCAUUUGGCCUUACGAAUGCCCCGACCACUUUCCAAGCGGCUAUGACAACGGAGUUCCGACACAUGCUGGAUCGUUACGUACUUAUCUACCUCGACGACAUCCUAGUGUACAGCCGGAGUUUGGAGGAGCAUAUGGAGCACCUGCGCACCGUUUUGGAGCGGCUACGACAGGCCAAGUACAAAGCCAACCGCGACAAGUGUGAAUUCGUGCGGCAGGAGCUGGAGUACUUGGGCCACUAUGUGACGCCGCAAGGCAUCCGUCCGCUCGCGGACAAGAUCGAGGCYCUACGUGUAUGGCCCGAGCCCACCAACACCACGGACGUUCGUUCAUUCAUGGGAUUGGCGGGCUACUAUCAGCAAUUCAUCACCGGAUACUCCAGGAUUGCUGCACCUAUGAUGAGGUUACAGUCUUCAAAGGUGCCAUUCGUAUUCGAUGACGACGCACGCCGGUCAUUCCAAGCUCUUUAGACGGCGAUGCUCAUGGCACCCGUCCUUAGCAUCUAUGACCCCACCUUGCCAACGAGAGUGACUACGGACGCUCCCAUCAACUCG